AUGGAACACUAUUUUGACCCAUCAUCUUCUCAAAUUAACACUUACCAACCAUCAUUUUCUCAAAUUAACAAUUAUCCAUCAUCAUUUGAACCACCCAACAAUAUCGAAGUCAAUCUCGACCCAACCGAGGAGCCUCACGAAGCCGAAGUCAGUGAUGAGAGCGAAGAAGACGACGAUGUUGAAGAUGAAAUGAUUCCCACAACAGAAGCAUAUGUUCCACCAAGCUACAUGACAAGCACGGACUUGACAUAUGUUGAUCAAUAUGCUGAAUUUGGUCACACACCGACACUUCAAAUUGAUGGUGAUCUGGAAGUUGGAAGACAUUUUCAUUCCAAAAAAGAUUGUAGUCUUGCAAUCAGGCAAUACCAUAUUAAUCACUUAGGAUUGGAUUAUGAGGUUGUGAAAUCUGACACCACCCGAAUUAUGCUUAAAUGUGUAAUGCCACAAUGUUCAUUCAGAUUGACUGCAUCAGAGAGAAAAAGAAGCGGAAAACAGUGGGUGAUUGGUAAACUGGAAAGUCACACAUGCACAUCUUCUGUCUUGUCACAGGAUCACCGCAAGCUCGACUCCAAUGUCAUAUGUGAAAGUAUUAAGUCUCUUGUUGAAAAGGAUCCAUCUAUCAAGGUGAAUCUAAUUAUUGCUCACAUCCGAGAAAAGUUUAAUUAUACAACAACAUACAAAAAGGCUUGGAUUGCAAAAAAUAAGGCAAUCGAAGAGAUUUUUGGGAAUUGGGAAACAUCUUAUCAAGAGCUUCCCCGGUGCUUGAUAGCACUACAAACAUUUAAUCCAAACACUGUUGUACAAAUGGAGACAUUUCAAGCUGUGGAUGCAAAUGGUAAUAUAUUGCAUGACUUUGGGAUCUUCCAUCGUCUCUUUUGGGCAUUCGAUCCAUGCAUCAAAGGUUUCAAAUACUGCAAACCAGUUGUUCAAGUCGAUGGAACAUGGUUAUAUGGAAAAUAUAAAGGGACAUUGUUGAUGGCUACUGCACAAGAUGGGAAUGACAAUAUAUUUCCCAUCGCGUUUGCUAUAGUGGAAGGUGAGACGAAGGACGGCUGGAGUUUUUUCUUGAAAAAUCUGAGAAGACAAGUCACACCACAAAGAGGAAUUUGCUUGAUUUCAGAUAGACACGAGUCAAUAAAAAGUGCAUAUAAAAAUCCUGAAAAUGGCUGGCUAGAUCCUCCGUCAAGACAUGUGUAUUGUGUUCGACACAUCGCACAAAAUUUCUCGAGAAAGUUCAAAGAUAUGGAUCUUAAGAAACAAGUCACCAAUAUGGGAUACGCAAUGAAUAGGUCAUCGUUGGAGUACUACCGCGGAGAAAUUGGACGUGAAAAUCUAGAGGCUGGGAGGUGGGUCGACAAUAUACCUAGACCGAAAUGGACUCAGGCGUAUGAUGAUGGUAUGCGUUGGGGCCACAUGACAACCAACCUCGCUGAGGCAAUGAACUCCGUGUUAAAGGGUGCCCGAAAUCUCCCUAUUACGGCUUUGGUGAAUUCAACCUAUUUCAAGUUGGUUGAUUUUUUUGUAAAACGGGAAAAGAAAUGGGACGUUGUUUUAAAUUCUGGUCAAGAAUAUACAGAAAAAUGUAUGAAGAUGAUUAAUGAAGAGGCGAAGAAGUCCACCAGUCACAGAGUCACACACUUUGACCGACAAAGUCAUACAUUUUCCGUUCAAGAAACUGUCCACCCGAAUGAGGGUCGACUAAUGGGUCAUUUCAUGGUUGAUCUGCUUAACAAGUGUUGUGACUGUGGUAGAUUUCAAGCUUUACAUCUACCUUGUUCACAUGUCAUAGCUGCUUGUUCUAGUGUUUACCAAAACUAUCAAGUCUAUAUCUCUGAAGUGUACCAAGUUUCUACUGUAUCUAAUGUUUACAACGAAUCUUUCCAAGUCAUCCGUAACGAAUCUUUCUUGCCCCCUUUCCAAGGCAUCAAACUAUAUGCAAAUGAAGAAAUGAAAAGAACCAAAAAAGGUCGUCCAAACAGUACUCGAAUACGAACCGAAAUGGACGAUUUUACAAAACAACCAAAAAAUUGCGGGUUAUGUGGACUACCUGGUCAUAAUCGUAAUAAUUGUCCAAAUGUUGGGGGUCCAUCUACGCGACGUUAG